AUGCUACGUCGCAAGCCUACAGCUAUCGCAAUCACUUCGGAAGACGUCGCAAAGCUUGAGGACUUGCGGCUUCGCAAGCACAGAGAAGAAACUCAAGCCCACGCGCAUGAAUCCGUCAAAAGCACCUUGAAUCAUACUGCCAUCGACCCGAAUGAUGAAUUGAAACCAUUACCCGGAGACAAAGCAAGAAUUGUCCGUUCUCGGGAGGAACGUAUUGGCAUCUGUCGGCGCAACUAA